CGGCGCCUACGAGCGUACCACGAUCGCGACCGCGUCUACGUUGGGCGCUUCGUCUCCGCUCGUUCCAGCCACCCCGACGUCCAGCAAGCACUGCAUUCAUCUCUCGAACUUGUCAUGCAGUCUCUCCUUCUGCAGUGUCGACGCCGCCUCGUGCUUCUAACCAUCCUCGCCAGUCUGGCCGCGGGAGUCUCGAGCAUCGUCGCGGACACGACGAAAACACCGUUGACCGUUCUCUCAACAGAGAUAGGACAAUGUGCACCGGUCGUGCAGCUCAGCGAACUCAAGGAAGAGCUCGAGGCCGCGCAGUCGCCCAUCAUGCGACAGGUCUUUGCAUGGCUGUUCCCCUUUGGACCUGGAUGGAACUCGAUUCUGGGGACGUUUUACAUUAGCUCCGUACCUAAUUUUAUUCUUGCGUUCAUUCCUGCGCAAAUCAACACUAACACGCUUAACACCAUGACGGCCUUCGCGACCGGUGGCCUGCUCUCGGACGUGUUCCUCCACUUGGUGCCCCACUCGUUCAUGGGUGAGCACCAGGGCGGCGGCGUGCACUUCGUCAUGGUCGAGGAGAAGCGCAACAUCCUAAUCGGGCUAGGCAUAUUCGUCGGCUUCGCGUCGUUCUUUCUCAUGGAAAAGACCCUGCGCGUCCUCGGCAGCGGCAGCGAAGACGGCCACGCCGGGCACUCGCACAGCCAUUCGCACGGCGAGGCGAAGUCUGACGGCAAGGCGUCCGGCGCUGCGAAGAACAGCGCGUCCAACGAGCUGCGCGCGCGUGGGUCGCAGAAGGACGACGCUGCGCCGUCGGAAGAGCAGGAGCUGGAAAAGGCAGGGAAGCAGCCGUCGAAACUCUCUGCGUACUUGAACCUCUUCGGCGACUUCGUGCACAACAUUACGGACGGGCUUGCGAUGGCGGCGUCCUUCUACUCCUCGCCGCUGAUCGGCGCGACGACGACGCUCGCAUGCUUCGCGCACGAGAUCCCGCACGAGAUCGCGGAUUACUCGAUCCUCGUCCGGAGCGGGUUCACGAAGAAGCAGGCAAUGCAGUCGCAAUUCCUAACUGCCAUCGGGGCGUUUGUCGGGACGUUUAUGGGGAUCGCCAUCCGGAACCUCUCAGCGUCGGAUGCGGUCGACGGCGAGGUCUCGGACCUCGCUGCAGCGGUGCGACAGGCAGCCGCUGGGAUCCUAGGCACGACCGUGCAGCUCGCCGAUCUGGUGAUCCCGUUCGUCGCCGGCGGGUUUAUGUACAUUGGCGCUGUGGCAGUCCUGCCGACGCUGCUGGAGGAGAGUUCGAGCGGUAAACAGGCGCUCCGCGAGUUCGCCGCAAUGGCAUUCGGCGUGGUGUGUAUGUUCAUGGUCGCAUGGAACGAGUAGAAGGCUCGUGCGAGCUUCGAUUGUGGGGCUUCGCAACGCUGCUCUGAACAUCGUGCGUACGUAGAAGUAGACAGAGAGUACCCCGGGCUGUGGGCGAGCACGCGUCGGGCGUAAAGUAUAUUGGACGGAUGGUAUUUAUUGGCAGCCUCAGGCACGGGGCCGAGAUGAGUAGUAUAGACUGCUAUCGAGAUUGCGAAGCACGGUGGAUCUUCGCAGUACGAACCUAAGAUGCGCGAAC